AUGAUAGACCAAAUCCUCGGCCGCCCAUCCCCCACCCUGCGGCGGAGUCAGAUAUGGCUCAUCCUCUUCUUCUGGGUAUGGCGCCUGUACAAGGGCGAUGGCGCUCCACGCCCUUUGGGAAGGAACCCUGCCUCGGCAUUCAUACCAGGGUCCAGUAGAGUCAGUGGAGGGAUAGGAGAAAGAGUCAGAGAUAGAGCUGCCAAGUCGUGGUUAUGGAAGCUCUGGGUCGAGUUGCUCGGACGGCGCUUGGUGACAUGGAUGGGAAAAGUCAAUGACAGGCUCAGGAUAUUUACGCCAUAUCAGCUGAUCCUGGCCACUCUGACAGUAGUCUAUGCUGUGCGGCAUGUGGACGACCUUCUUGGCAUCAGUGCACCGGAACCUCUCGCAAAGCUGUAUUCAAGGUCGUACUAUCGCGCAACAUACGUCAACACAGCACUAGAUGCAGGAUUCUCAAUGGCUAUGAAUAUCAAGCCCCAGUGGCUCAAGGAUAUCUCCAGCAUGGUGUUCUCGGGAUACUAUCUGUUGUAUGCCAGAGAAGGUGAUGAAGUGUUGCGACGCUUCAGGGCUGUCUGCUCUGUUGAGAUGCUGAGAACGACAUGGGACAAGACCAACAACCCAUAUAUCCGUCUUUUGACAGCUCGCCAUCGCCCCAAACUCCCUAUAGUCCGCACCAUCUUCAUUCCCAGGCCCUCGCAAUCAUCCCGUGCCUCUCUCCCACCGGUGAAGACUAUGCUCUUCUUUUCCGGAUCUGAAGCAGAGCUCGCUCAAGCGACCGAACUUAUCGUUGAUUUCCCAGGCGGCGGGUUCAUUGCUAUGAGCCCCGAAUGCCACGAGGAGCGACUUCGAACAUGGGCGCGGCGCACAGGGAAGCCUGUGCUAGGUGUCAACUAUGGAAAAGCACCAGAAUAUCCGUAUCCCUGGUCAAUUGAAGAAGGUUUCGACGCGUACCGCACGUUGAUAGAGACCAAGGGCAACGUGAUUGGUAUAGCAAGCGGUCGUCUGGAUAUCGUCCUCAGUGGUGACUCUGCAGGUGGCAACAUAUGUGCCACCAUCAUGCUCCGCAUCAUCGAAUAUCCCACCCACAUUCCUCGCCCAAUCUCCCUCGUUCUUGCUUAUCCGGCUCUGGACUUCAACUUUACAUCUUGGAUGUCUCCACAGAAUCUCAGUGUAUUGCGCACGGAGCAAAGCGAAACUCAAAUCCCUGGCAUGAUCCAUGGGAAAGACCACAUGCGCCAUAAAGCACCUCUGAGUGUAGUUGACGAUGUGGAGAAGAAGAGUAGGAGGCAGAAGACCUGGGCGGCGACGAUCUCGAAUAAGAUACCCAUGAUGAGCCCAAGGACGGAAGGAUGGAGGAGCAACCCCCAAAGUCCCAAGAGCCCCAGUAAAAGGCUCGCAGACUUGCCUAGGAGCGUGUCGGCAAAGGUCAUGGCUUGGGCUACUGCGGAUGCGGAGGAGGACGUGAGAUACUCGACAGAGGAAGAGGAUGAAGGGGAUGAAGGGGAUGAGAAGACUGACAGCAAGGUCGUUGGGGGAGCUGAUAAGAGGAAGGACACCGAAAAGUCACUCGCAGACAGGGUGAAGACCCCUAGGGAGGAGAACAGAUUCGAGUUGACGAGAACAGAGUCUCCUGCGCCCAUGGUGGAAGCAGAGAAAGACAAGGAAGCUUUUGAUGCCAAGGUCGAGAAGAAGAGGAAGAAGAAGGGGGCGAUUGGUACGAGGUUGACUAUGACGAGUCGGGUCGGCUACUUUCAAGAUAGGAUCAUUUCGCCUACUAUGAUGCGAGCCAUGGCCAUAUUGUAUAUCGGCCCACAGCGAAAUCCCGACUUUGAAACCGACUACUACAUCUCCCCUAUCCUUGCCCCUCCCCAUCUACUCACCCACUUUCCACCCGUCUAUCUGAUCUGCGGCGAGCGAGACCCCUUCGUCGACGACACAGUGAUCUUCUCCGGCAAGAUUCGUUCCGCCAAGCGAGCAAGAAAGGCUGAAGCAGAGACCGCUGCGCUGGGCAAGUCUACCAAACAUGGCGAAGGACUUAGGAUGUCAACAAGCAAGUCAAAAGCUCGCAGAGAGGAUACUGUGGAUCCGAUCUUGCAAGAGACAGAUGAGGACUGGGUUCAGACAAGAAUCAUCGAAGGUUGGGGUCACGGCUUCAUGCAGAUGUCCAGUCUGAUGAAGGAAGUGGACCCUGUCCUGCUCGAAAUGGCAGAUUGGAUCGACGAGUCUUUUUUGCGAGAGAAGGAAAGGAAACGUGAGGCGGAGGAGCUUUCUGCUGCUGCUCGUCUUUCUGCAUCGACGUAUCCAACGGUCGAGGCAGGGGUCACUGCUCAUGCUAGCACCUCUCUGCAUCUAAAACCCACUCAAGACUAUCCGAGGGUGCCCAAAAAGACUGGCACGGCCGACCUAGGCUCGGCAUACUUUGGUGCCGUUGAAGCUCCCGAGGACGCCAACGACAAUCUGGUCACAUUCACGCCAAAGAACAAGAAGAGGACCCCUCCUCCGUCUGGCUUUCUCCCCGUUCCUCGUCGUGCCUCCAAAGAGUCUUUGGCAUCUCUGAGAAGGUCACCAUCUGCUCCCAAAUUUGAUGCAGACGAAACAGGGUCCUCUGGCGAAGCCAUGAGCAUUGUCACUCCUCCUCUCAGUCUAAAGAGUCUCCCCUUCAGAGAAGGGGCUACGAGGGGUAAAGCCACAUUUGGGCUUUUCGGUGGAACAACUACACCUGCCAAGCCGCAGGAGAGGUCGGGGAGGGUAUCACCCACCCUUUUUGGGCGCCCACGUGAGAGACCUGGGAGCAGUAAUGCUUCUAAGCCUAUCCCCAGCCCAUCAGCAGGAGCCAGGACAUCAUCUGUGCCGCCUCAUUCAAGCCUCAACUCGAGCACGCCGACUUCGCCGCCGGAGAAACCCAAAGGCGGUCUGGUGGCUGCUGCCUUGUCUUCUGCUCGUGCAGCAAGUCCUGCAUUGGCAGCAGCAGCUGGGUUUGUCCCCCAGAGCGUAGGUCAUGUCAGUGAAGCAGAGCUCAUGAGGCGAAGGAGGAUGGAGGCUGUCUACGGGAUUGGAGCAACUGCCAGUGGCGCUAGUAGCGAGGGGGAGGAUGAGUAG